AAUCAUAGGUCUAUACAUACAUACUAUAUAUGCAUAUGUAUUAUUUUGGCAAAAAUCAGUUCUUCAGUUUUGCCCAAACGCAUUCAAAUUUAUCAACGCAAAGCGGUUAAGGUCGCGCUGCCUACAAAAAAUCAUUUAUUUUUUAUUAUUGUUAGUAGUGAUAUUAUUUUAGUACAUGUGCGUUUGUGUGUGUGUGCGAAUUGGUGUCUACGCUUAAAUGUGUUGCUGGUGUUGAAAAUACUCAAUUAAAUUGAAAUAUGUGCACAUAUACACAUACAAAUAUACACACACAUGUAUGUAUGUGCACUCAAGUCGUUAGUGAAUUAAUUACAAAUAGUUUAGAACACCCAUCGUAUCACCCACCCAGCACCCGGUGCCAUCUAAUACAAGUGGUGUGAAGCUAAGCAUUUUGAUUAAAUGGGGUGCUCUUUCGCCUGUGCCUGUCGUACUUUCAAAUAAGAAAACUCCAACAACAACUAGCAGUUAAAGACGAGUAGAUUCAAAAAGAAAAACAAAUAAAAAAUAUAAUAUAAAAAACGAAAAACAAUAAACAAGCAACAAAUAAAACAAAUUUAAGACUCAUAAUAAAAUUAAAAAAAAAAAGCAAAAACAAAAAAAACCUUAAUCACCGCUAAGGAGCAAAGUAGACAAAAGCAAAAUUUGAAUAAAAUAUAUACAUACAUACAUAAAUAUGUCGUCGCCCAGAAAUUCAAUUAAGAAAAAGAGCGCGACAUUAACGGAGACAAAAACAGCAAUAGAUAAAUCGAAACAAAAACAACAAACACCCACACCAGAGAGCAAAUACACAAAGACCAAGGAACGUAUAGUCGAUGAUGUGCCACUUCCGCCCGCCCACAAGCUCACCAUGGACGAGGUGUUCAAUGCCAAAACGGGGAAGCCGGACUAUGAUGCUAUGCGGGCGCAUUUCUUGCUCGAAGGACGCAUGGAGGAGGGCCCUGCGCUGCGCAUCAUAAAUGAAGGCGCCACUUUACUGCGAAACGAAAAGAAUAUGAUUGAUGUGGAGGCGCCGGUGACAGUUUGUGGCGAUAUUCAUGGUCAGUUCUUUGAUCUCGUCAAGCUAUUUGAAGUUGGUGGGCCCCCAGCAUCCACGCGAUACCUUUUUCUGGGGGACUAUGUCGACAGAGGAUAUUUUAGCAUUGAGUGUGUGCUUUACUUGUGGGCGUUAAAGAUUUGGUAUCCGACGACACUGUUUCUAUUGCGCGGCAAUCAUGAAUGCCGCCACCUUACAGAAUAUUUCACGUUUAAACAGGAAUGCAAAAUAAAAUAUUCGGAAUAUGUUUAUGAUGCCUGUAUGGAAGCAUUUGACUGUUUGCCAUUGGCGGCGCUGCUUAAUCAACAGUUCCUCUGCAUUCAUGGUGGAUUAUCACCCGAGAUUUUCACAUUGGAUGACAUAAAAAAGUUGAACAGAUUUAGAGAGCCGCCUGCUUUUGGUCCCAUGUGCGAUCUGCUUUGGUCUGAUCCAUUGGAAGACUUCGGUAAUGAGAAGAAUAGUGACUUCUUUUCACAUAAUUCAGUGCGGGGAUGUUCCUACUUUUUCAGCUAUGGCGCCUGCUGUGAAUUUCUACAAAAGAACAAUUUGUUGUCGAUAGUGCGUGCCCAUGAGGCGCAAGAUGCGGGAUAUCGCAUGUACCGCAAAAAUCAGGCCACGGGUUUCCCUUCGUUAAUCACCAUUUUCUCGGCGCCUAAUUAUUUGGAUGUGUAUAACAACAAGGCAGCUGUACUGAAAUAUGAAAAUAACGUUAUGAAUAUUCGACAAUUUAAUUGUUCGCCACAUCCAUAUUGGUUGCCAAAUUUCAUGGAUGUGUUUACGUGGUCAUUGCCAUUUGUGGGUGAGAAGGUGACUGAGAUGCUGGUGAAUAUUCUUAACAUCUGCUCAGAUGAUGAAUUGGUGACCGGCCCAGAUGAUGAAUUGGAAGAAGAGCUCCGCAAGAAAAUCGUUCUUUUGCCAGUGAACACAAACAGUACACCACCACCACCAGCUACAAAACCAGUAUCUGGAGUAUCAGCGCUACGUAAAGAAAUCAUACGUAAUAAGAUCAGAGCCAUUGGCAAAAUGUCACGAGUUUUCUCGGUAUUAAGAGAAGAAUCGGAAUCGGUAUUGGCGUUAAAGGGGCUUACGCCGACUGGCGCUUUACCGGUGGGCGCACUUUCGGGUGGCAAAGAUUCACUACGCAAUGCGCUUCAAACGCUAGGCGCCACACAACAAAUCACUUCAUUUGCCGAAGCGAAGGGCUUGGAUGCUGUAAAUGAGCGUAUGCCGCCGCGACGCCCAUUAAUGGUAGGCGGAGGUAGCAGUAAUAGUAGCAAUAACAACAACAAUAACAACAACAAUGUUAAAAUGGCUAAUAAUAAUAGCAACAACAAUGUGACGGUACGCCGCUCAAGCACUACCACCACCACCACCUCAACCAAAAAAUGUUGAUAGACUGUAGCUAGUAGGGUUUUUCUAAAUAGUUUUUAAAUGAUUUAAAUUCUAAAGGCUCAUAUUUAUUUUCGCAUUCGUUUUUGAUUGGUUAUUAAAUUAAUGAAAAAAAAAUUAUUUUAAUUGUUUAGAAAAAUUUACAUUUUUGACAUUUAUGCCAUUAGUUUGUUUAAUGACAGCGCUAAAAUUAUUUUACAUAUGUACGUAGUGUAAGUUAUAUAAAUUAUUUUGUUAUUUGUUGUUCUGAUUUAUUAUAAAUAAACAAUUCAUGUUGAU